AUGGCUUCAUUUAUGAGAUUGAGGAGAGAAGACGUAUCCGGCACACCGGACUGCUGGGCAGAAACCAUCAGGCGCGCGAUAAUGCCAUCUGGUGAAAUGUCGAACGGAGGCGCGAAAGAGCGCGACAAUGCAAUUUUACUGUUUGAUUUGGACGGAACAUUAACGCCAUCAAGAUUGCCGAUUGAAUCGGACAUGAUUGAAGUUUUAAAGGAAUUAAAAGAGCACAUGGCGAUUGGGAUUGUGUCAGGAUCAAAUGAAGGAAAAAUGAGAGAACAACUGAAACCAGCUGGAGACAUUUACAGUGUGGUCGAUUACUUGUUUCCUGAAAAUGGAUCAAUAGCGAGAUAUCGCGGAGAAGUCUUGGGCGAGGACCUCUCAUUACUCAACUAUUUAGGGGAACAAAACAUUCAAGCCCUCAUCAAUUUCGCUCUACGUUACAUUGCUGAUUUAGACCUUCCUAAGAAAAGAGGAACGUUCAUAGAAUUCCGAAC